CGAGCGCGAGCGGGACGGCUGCCGGGAGCUGUUGGAAUUGCUCCAGACCGACGACCUGGUGGCUCUAACUAACACGGUGACCAGCCGCCUUGUGGAAGCCAGCAACCGCCAAGGUUCAUUAGUUCCAGCCUGGUAUUUCCUAAUGACCACUUACCAGAAUGAGAUGUAUUCAUUUCCUCACCCCUCUUACAGUCCAAGGGGUUCUUCAGCUGUGCCAGAAGUAUUUGGGGCCUGCGACAUCCUUCCAGCUGCAUUCAUACAGUGUGGUUUCACUCUCUCCUACUGAAGCCAUAAAUGUCAUCUUGCUGUACAGUCAAAGUGCUGAAGAGCUGUUGAAAAGAAAGAAAGUAUUUCGAGAGAUAAUCUUCAAGUACUUGGCAACAAAAGGAGUUAUAGUGCCACCUUCUUCUGAAAAACACCAGCUUGUUUAUCGUGUAAAGGAGUACUGGUGUGAAGGGCUGAAUGUCUGUGCAUCAGAGCAAACAUAUAUUAAUCCUAGUAUACAGCAACAAGAAGAUGGAGGAACACGAGGAGAUCAAGAUGACAACAACGAGUGUCACAAUCUGGCAGAAGAAUUUUGUCAGUGGUAUUUUAGAAUGCUAAACUCUCAGAACCCAUUGAUUGGAGAACCACAACAAGAAUGGGGACCACAACAUUUUUGGGAUGAUGUAACUCUAAAAUUUUGUUACAACACCUCUGAACAAAACAUGGAAGAGUACUCAGGUGCAGAAUUGGUGAGCCUUCGCUUGCUGUCAUUAGUGAAAGAAGAAUACCUCUUCCUGAAUCCCAACUUGAAUGCAGGUGGCCUGAAGUGUACAGUUUCACGACAUGGAUUAGUUGUGGUAGCAAUAGCUGGCACAGUUCAUAGAAGUACUUCUUGUUUGGGAAUCUUUGAACAAAUCUUUGGCCUCAUCUGCUGCCCGUUGAGGGACAAUACGUGGAAAAUCAAGUUUGUCAAUUUAAAGAUUGUUGGCCAGAAUGCCAUAGAGCCUGGGACCCAUAUAGAAAGACCACACAUAAAAUACGAGCAAGAAGAACUGCAGGAAUUUUGUGUGUCCAAGGAACUUGCCUUGAUUGACCCUCAAAAAUACUGAGUGUUCUGUUUGCAAAAUGAAGGAGAAAAGUAUGUGGGCCUUGGAAAAUACAGCAGGAGAGCAUAUUCAAAGUAUUCAGUAAUUUAUUUGCUGUUUUUUUAUUCAUGCUUUCCUACUAUGAGAUAAUCCUGACUACUGAUCAUAGAGAUUUGCUGCUGGUAAUUGUUGGCUUGGCUCUUGCCCCCAAAUUUAGAAUUUGAAAAAUUACUUUGGCAGAUUAUUUUCUAAAUGAGAAGGGAGAGAAAGUGAGAAGACACUCCUACUUUCCUGUCAACUGCUGCAAAUUAUUGAUAUAGAGGAUGGGUGGGAGUGAAUAGCCAGAAAGAAUCAAGUAUAUAUGAGAAGCAUAAAGCACUGGAGAUAUAAUAUUGUCAUCUUGACUGCUUGUAGCUUCCCUUUUCCCUUUGGGGUAAAAAAAUACAGAAGUGUGAUAAGUUUGUAAGAGUUUCUUUUUCCAAAGGCUUAAUUUUAACUCUUAGUUAAAUAACUUUCACAGUUUAAUCUCAGGGUUGUACAAAACAAAUAAUUUUUGAUUUUUGAUAGAAUUUAUUAAAUAUUAUUAAAAUGAUUGUUACUUAAAUCAGUAUAUGAAUGAAAGGCUAGUGCCAAAUUUAAUAGCGGAUUUUCAUGGGGAAUUUAUGAAACAAUGUAACUUUCCUCCAUAAAAUGCUUUGAAAUUUAUCUUAUUUGUUAUGUACAACCCUUAUUAAUGUAGCUAUUUACCUAUAACAAACAUACUUUUAAAAAUACAGGACAAUUGUGAAAUUAUAAAAAAAAACAAGCAAUUUGUGGCAAUUAUUAUAUCUGGUUUAUUUCACUUACACUACUUUUUAUUGUUCCUAAUAAAAAUUGCAAUCUUCAGACUAAUUAUAAAAAGACAAUAUUUUUACUACUUCAGAUAAUUGUGAAAGAAUCAAUUCGUACUACUACUACUUAUUACUUUUAUUGUAGAAAAACCAACAGUGAACAACAUAAAGCUAGCUACCAGGUUUUGAACAAUUUGUUUAUGAAUCCUUAAAAGUAAAAAUCAAAUAUGUGAUGUUAUUAUAGAAUGUAAAAUAACAUUUUAUUUUGUUUUUGGGUUUCCUGAGUGAUAAAGAUUUAAAAGAUAUGUGUCAUUACAAAUAGAGACUUUGUAUUUUUGAACAAAGGUAUUUAAGUGCAUUUCUGCAAUAUCUACAAUCAUUUAUACAUACUGUAUAUGAGGAUUA